CAGCCCACAAAACUUUGAAAAGAACAACUAAAAAGGCGCCAUUUAUUCCGGCAAGAAGCACCACUUUCCACCGUUCCACUGCCACACGUCUCUCAUAUCAUCCCUCACCAACACUUUGCUGCUUUUGACAGCUUCAUUUAUUUAAUCAAUCAUGACCCACGGAUCACCCACGUUCACACAACACACACAUUCAAGAACACUUGUUGUUGAAGCAACCGAUGAUGUGCGAUCUUAUGUUGACUUUCCAAUGGUAUCUCAGCCGGUUUACCUUAUUCCUGAGGGCGGUUCCUCUCCUAUUCCUCGAAUCUCGCUGCUUGAUGCUAUAUCUAAAGAUUCACUUGCACGCACCUUUUCUUUUAUCUUUCUUUCUCCUUUGAGUGAUUCAUACAGAAACGUUGACUCAGUUCACACGUCCAGCUAGCUUUUGACCAAGUGAUAUUUGGUUUUUAUAGCCUGGUUUGUAAUUAGGAGAUUUCUGUUGUGAUUCAAGAUACUCUGAAGUUGCAAAACAAUUUCUGUUGAAUUCUGCAUCUAGCAUUGUUUCGAUGUCAACCGACUUAAAGUUGAAUGUUACAAUUAAUCCUGAUGUCAAGGAAUCAGAUUUCAAUUCUUCGCUUGAGAUUUCACCACAUGGUGGGAAGGUAAAUGUGGUGCGCAGGCUCAUUGGUGGUUUUCUUCCUCACGGAAAGAUGCCAGCUGGCGGAAUAUUAUUAACUACAGAACGCAAAGGAACCAAUGAAAGAUCCAGAAGCAACCUUGUCACGUCUGGAAACGAUGAACCCAAUGUUAAUGCAGGUGAAAAGAGGGCACACGAGCCAAAAGUUAGAUCCGGACCGUUGAUUUCUGGAGCGGCAUAUUGUCUAUCUUCUUGCAGCAUGAUAUUGCUUAACAAGGUUGUUCUUUCAAGUUAUGCUUUCAAUGCCGGAAUAUCAUUGAUGUUUUAUCAGAAUCUCAUCUGUUCUAUCAUAGUUAUCAUUUUGGGUUUAUGUGGGGCAGUUACACUAGAAAAGCUCAACUGGAAGCUGAUUAAGGUGUGGAUACCCGUUAAUCUGAUAUUCGUGGGCAUGCUUGUCUCAGGCAUGUAUAGUUUGAAGUACAUAAACAUUGCAAUGGUCACUAUCUUGAAGAACAUGACAAACAUAUUAACAGCAGUGGGUGAACUCUAUGUAUUCCGUAAGCGACAAAACCAGAAAGUGUGGACCGCCAUGUUUUUUAUGAUCAUCUCUGCUGUAAGUGGUGGUAUCACAGAUCUCUCAUUUGAUGCAACGGGCUACACAUGGCAACUAGUGAAUUGUAUUCUAACUGCAAGCUACUCGCUUACCCUACGACGAAUCAUGGACACAGCAAAAUCUGUGACAAAGUCUGGAUCUCUGAAUGAACUUUCAAUGGUGUUGCUGAAUAAUUUGUUAUCGUUACCCUUUGGCGCAUUCUUGAUUAUCAUAUUUGACGAAUGGACUUAUGUAAUCAACGCGGAUGUAAUAAAGAUUCCCAUGUUUUGGGUUGUGGCAACUCUUAGCGGGAUUCUUGGACUCGGUAUUAGCUUCACUUCCAUGUGGUUUCUAAACCAAACCGGUCCUACCACUUACAGUUUGGUGGGCUCGCUAAACAAGAUUCCCAUCUCGAUUGCUGGUUUACUGUUGUUUAAUGUUCCACUUAGCCUGCCAAAUCUUUUCAGCAUACUUUUUGGUUUAUUUGCGGGAAUACUCUUCGCUAAGGCCAAAAUGUCAUAAUUGGAGUCAAAAUAUAUCUUCUGCCAGUUACAUUCUGAUCGGUUUACAAGAGCAGCCAAAUCAAAUAUGAUUCUGGGAACCAGAAAGUAUAAAAAAAGGCUUGAAGAAGCCUUGUUUACAUGUUGAUUACUGAUAUAUUAAGUAGAUAUGUUCUGGUUCAAAGGCACACCAGGAGUGAAAGAUGCCAAAUUGUUAAGUACAAGUAAUAUAUUAUAUUUAUGUAAUUAUGUUAUCUUCUGAAUAAUACUAUACAUCUUAUUGCACUUCAAA